AUGUUAUACGAGAUGAAUUGGCGAUGGGAGAAGUCAGUGAGGAUAAGGUACGCCAUGAAUAAACAUAAGCUGAAAUGCGCUCAAGGAUCGAGCAAGAUCGGUUCGAAGAGCAGUGUGUAUAGAUUUGAGGCGGACCAGUUGCAGAUUCACGGAGGUUAUGAUACUUGCGAAACAUUGGAAUUACUGUCUUGGGAUUCUGAUGAUCAGAGAACUCAACGGACCAUCUUUAAAUUGGUGAUUGGUCUUUCGAAAUAA